AUUUCACUUAUUUUUUAUCGCACGAAUCUUAACUUUUGGUGUAAAAAUGUAAUUGAAUUGGCAUAUGACUUAUUUCUUAUGACUGUAAACACGUGCUAAAGAGAGCAUUUCGUCUCUGAUAUUUAUAGAAAUAUAAAUAUAAACGUUGGUAGCGCCUCCUAUUAGAAUUAUCGCAGUGACGAGAUACGAAAAAAUCUUGCCAUUUAUUUUAUCGGUCUAGUUUGCGUUCCAAAGCGUCAACUUAAUAAAUUUAAACUGCAUACGAUAAGUGUUAUUUUUUUAUUGGAAAAGUAUAUCAAAUCUGUUUAUCUUUUGUCAUAAUUAUAUUCGUAGUGUGAGGAUAAAAAUAAUUUGUAUAAACAUAUAAAUACUUUAAGAGUAAAUUGUCAAAUAUACUGUUGCCUGCAGCAAGAAGAUUAUCUAUAAUUCUAUAGCGUCACGUUAAUUAAUAACCAACGAAUCGUUGAUAAUCGAAGCAGCGUGACGUUUUAGGGUGCAAUAAGCCAAAGACUAGUAAAAGAAAAGGCGCGAAUGGCGCGUUUUAGUUCCUCACGCAAGUAUCGCUUUAUACAGUCGGGAUUUCGUAAUUCUUCCAUCUAUAUUCUUUUCACUAUUUUUUUCUCCCACUUUGUUUAUUACGUUGCUCUUUCAUUAUUUUACGUCCGUCACUUGACUAUGUACAUACAACGAAUAAAAUAUGAAAUAAUAACAGAGAAUAGUAUGAGAAGAUAAAUGGGAAAAGGGAACGGAAAGACAUGAAGGAAGAAAUAUGAAAGUUUGAUUAUGUAUGUACUUAUGAAAAUAGUUUCUAAUUGGAUCGAGAUUGCGAGAAAAGAAACAACGAUGUUAUAUUAGGCCUAAAAACUUUUGACUGAUCAGCCUCACGGUCUUCCGCUUGUUACGUAUGUGUUUUCUAUUGAUAUAUACAUAUUUUAAAAUAAAUAUCGGUACUCUCUUCAACUAUUUUGUCUUUAAGCUGUUUACUCUUUUUUUUACCCUUCACACGAAUGCGAGCGUUAUUUAAUCGCGUGAUAUUACGCGAAUGAUAGUUCUUGAAAUUUGACAGUCAAGUUUUCUGCUUCGUUUACGAAAUAAUAGCUUAAUACAACUCUCGUGUUAUUUGCAACAACUAGAAAGUUUAACUUAAACAAAUUUAUGGCGACCAAUUUGCUGACAGAUCCUCUAAAAUUACGCUUUUAUUUAGAAAGAUACACAAAAGAGAAUAAAUUUAUAAAUGUGCGAGAAACGUUUGUGCCUACUACUUGUGUAAAACCGUUAACUGGCAAAUUCUAUGCGAAGCACGAUGUUUUCUCUGCGUCGGACGUUAGAGAGGACGAUAUCAACUUGAUUAAACGACAGAUAGAGAUGAUACCUACAGACAUUUAUUCGUUCAGACCGCCGACAGUAAAUAUGGAAUACGGUUGGUUCACUGCAUCGCUUAUACCCAUUUACAAGAAAGACCCAAGAUUACGCUUCUCCAGAAAACAAUCGGAUUUUAUCACGAAUGAACUUAUACGUCGAAAAUUGCAAAGAGGUCUUCCGGAAAAACGAUUUUCUGGCGUGCCAUUUAAAACAUAAAUGUUUGACAAACAUUUCAAACAAAUUAAAA